GGGGACCGCCGCCCGCCAUUGAUGGCGCCCCCGAGCUUACUGUGAGAGGUCAACCUCCAUCGCCCACCACUAAAAGGAGAGCGAGGGGGAGGGCCAGGAAAAAACGGCACAAAAGGAGCCACCUGUAGCUCGCUUUCCCAGUUCUCCAUCUCCCUUCUCUCCUUCCGAUUCGGCACGAUUUGAUCUGCGGCUUUCGUUUAUUUUAUUUUGGUGAUCUACAACCAGAACUCCCGGAUUGGAGUUCGGUAGCUGGAGAUCUGUUUGGCGAGCUUCACCCGUUGUGGCUGUCGGCGGUCGCUUUCCCUUUCAUAUUUCCGUCGGCUUUCCGGGACGGAGAGUUUUCGGUUUGGUUUCGCUUUAAAUAGGCGACAUGGGGUUGUGCCCUUGACGAGUUUGCCUCCUCCGUCUUGAACCCUAGUUUUCGAGGUGGGUGCUUCGUGCUCGCUCUUGCGCUUUGGUAGAUCUCGGAUGGGGAAUUGUUGGGGAGCUAAGAUCAAGGCGGAGAGCCCCUCCCACAGCGCCUUCGCUUCAGGGACGAACUCUAAAUAUGGUAGCAGGGAAGGGAAGGCGUUUAGUAGUUCUAGCAGCAAGGUGUCUGUGCCUCCAACCCCUCGGAGCGAGGAUGAGAUUUUGCAGUCGUCAAACGUGAAAAGCUUCACCUUCAGUGAACUGAAAACUGCCACCAGGAACUUCCGGCCGGACAGUGUGUUGGGAGAGGGAGGCUUUGGUUCGGUGUUUAAGGGAUGGGUUGAUGAACACACCUUUGCACCUACCAAGCCCGGGACUGGUAUGGUUAUCGCUGUGAAGAAGCUCAACCAGGAUGGACACCAAGGUCAUAGGGAAUGGUUGGCGGAGGUUAAUUAUUUGGGUCAACUAUCCCAUCCUAAUCUUGUGAGGCUAAUUGGAUACUGCUUGGAGGAUGAACAACGGCUCCUUGUGUAUGAAUUCAUGCAACGUGGAAGCUUGGAGAACCAUCUUUUUCGAAGGAGUUCAACCGUUCAACCACUCUCUUGGAACAUCCGUAUGAGGGUUGCUCUAGGAGCUGCAAAAGGUCUUGCCUUUCUGCAUAGCGACAAGGCAAAAGUCAUAUAUCGUGAUUUUAAAGCCUCUAACGUGCUGCUGGAUUCAAACUACAAUGCAAAACUUUCGGAUUUUGGAUUGGCAAAAGAUGGUCCAACUGGUGAUAAGAGCCAUGUUUCUACGAGGGUCAUGGGGACGCAUGGAUAUGCUGCCCCUGAGUAUCUUGCAACAGGUCAUUUGACAACCAAGAGCGAUGUGUAUAGCUUUGGAGUUGUUCUACUGGAGCUGUUGUCUGGCCGCCGUGCUUUGGACAGGAACCGCCCCAUCGGAGAGCACAAUUUGGUAGAAUGGGCGAGGCCUUUUCUUGCAAGCAAACGGAAGAUUUUCCGUGUCUUGGAUACCCGGUUGGGAGCACAGUAUCCACUGGCCACAGCCCAGAAAGCUUCCUUCAUUGCGCUCCAGUGCCUGUCCACGGAAGCAAGGCACCGACCGGCCAUGGCUCAGGUGGUUUCUGCAUUAGAGGAGCUUCAAAAUGCUGAAGUUACCGACCAAAGCCAGCGGACAGGACAGAAUUCAAGCAGCCAAAGUGGUUACAGUAAUCCUCACAGGUCUCGACGGAGAAGUGCCGGAGAAAUUGGGAACCGAAAGGUUGCAUAUCCCAGGCCGUCGGCUUCCCCUCUCUACAUAGAUUGACUUAUAAAUGGGGAACACAAGAAGAGAAGUCGUGUGUUUAGUGGUGAACAUGUAUACAUCUAGUCUGUUGUUUUUGUACAGCUUUUCUUGUUACUUGUGUUUUUGGCACUGUCACAAGCACCCUUCUCCAUUAACAGACAGGGAUGAGAAUGUCCAUUGCUGAGUGCUUUCGAUCA